AUGGCUCACCUCACCUUCCUUUCCGCAGCCUUCCUUGCUUUCGCAACCACCAGCGCUCAAGGCCUCCUCCAAACUCGAAACCCAUACUAUGGCGGCUUCGCGCUUCCAGGCACGCCAGAAGAUGGAGCAGUUCACGGCUGUCCCUCUGGAACCUUGACUUGCAGCAACCAAGUCUUCACCUUCUGCUGCCCAAAUUUCACAUUCUGUGGGCCGUUUCAACUUGGUCCUUAUUGUUGUCCCACGUCCGAUGACUGCGGUACCGUCGUCAACGCAGGUCUCACCUGUGCAGAUCCAAGCUGGACCCUCUACCAAGACGCGUUUGAUUGGUGCUGUGCUCCUGGUUUUGUCGGCCUAGCGCUUGGUGAUGGCCAUUGCGAGCCAGCAAGCUUGACCUAUACAGGGAACUAUGCAAGCACCGUAAGUUCUCAAUCCUCACGGCUUUUUGUGUUGAAAAGCUCGGGGCUGAUUCUUGUCGACUACAGGUCGUUCAAGCCAACACGGCUUCUCCUCCCACCAACUGGCCAGGCGGAACUGUCCCUCCUGGAGUCUCGACGUCCGGAGCUGCUCAGACAUUGA